AUGGCCGUGUCGGUGCUUUCUGCUGCGGCCUCGCAGACCUCUUCUUUAGAGCAAAUCCCCCAUCAGGGCUCCAACCUCUCGAGCCUCUCGUCGUCGCCGCGCCAAUUCCCGACCGACCUGACCAGCUCCAUUCUCGAGGAGGGCGAGGAGACGGAGAGCGAGCCCGCCAACGAGCCCGUCACCCCAGUGAGUGGCCGUCAGUCGCAAGACUUCCAUACGCUUGUCAACCAAGAGAACCACCCCGACGCCGCACACGAUUCGCUCGCGUCCGACCAGACCACCACGCCCUUCGCUCCAGUACCGCCAGGCGCCGUACAUGUACCAGGCUCCAAGCCCUCCCUCGUCAUUGACACCGUAGCUACCCCUCCGCCGAAAACACCGCAGAGGAGUCCGGACACUGCUGUGCCUGCCGCAUCGCCCGCCGCAAACCCAUCUGUUGACCAGGAGGCCACGCCUGUGCCCCUCACCCGACGCUCGACCCGUGGGUCAACGUCCAACUUUAAGCGCACCAUGUCGAGUUUCUUCCGGCGCACCAACUCCCAGUCGGAGAAGGCUAGCCUCGGUGUCGGCGCCGGAAGCUCUAGCGCCAUAGCCGACUUCAAUAUUCAGGAGCCAAACCAACCGAAGGCUCCGACGCGCCGGUGGUCCAUGAACAAGAGCUCGGCUACUACCCGCUCCAACACGCCACCGUCGCCCAGUUCUCCCCUCGAGAUGCCCAUCAAGACCAAGGAACAGGCAUCGACCCCGACAGUACCCAACCCUGACGAAUUUUACGAAAGCCAUAAAAAGGCGCGCGCGUCCACCGGCUUCACCCUGCGCUCCCGCGUUGCUCAUGCCGCCGGACACGCCGAGGCAAGACAACAACGCCAGUCGGUAAGACGGCGUGCCAGCAGCUUUGACUACUCGAAGCAGGAGAAGCCUGACACGGUGGACCCCAAUAACCCAAUCUACAUGGAAAGAUCGUUAUGGGGGCUACCUGCCGAGUCCGGCACCGGGGUGAAAGCGCGCCGCAUGAGUCUGAGCUUGCCCGACGACUUUACCGUGGAUGUAGUCGAACUCUCAUCCGAGUACGAAUAUAUACACAAGUUCCUAGGCCGACACGGCAAGCACCUGGGCAAAGGCGCCACUUCCAAGGUUACACUAAUGGCCAGAAAGGGCUUUCCUGGCGAGCUCUAUGCCGUUAAGGAGUUCCGUGGCAAGUCUUCAAGCGAAACGCGGGAGGAGUACGAGAAGAAAAUCAAGUCUGAGUAUACGGUAGCAAAGAGUCUCCACCACCCCAACAUCGUCGAGACAAUACGCUUGUGCACUGACCACGGUCGGUGGAACCACGUCAUGGAGUACUGCUCAGAAGGUGACCUGUAUACCAUGGUGAACAAGAAGUACCUCAAAGCCGACGACAGGGAAAAGGACCGUCUUUGUCUGUUCAAGCAGCUGUUGCAGGGCAUCAACUACCUCCACGCCAACGGCAUUGCGCAUCGCGAUAUUAAGCUAGAAAAUCUUCUGCUCACAGCCGACAGCAAGCUCAAGAUCACCGAUUUUGGUGUCUCGGAGGUUUUCUCGGGCACGCAUCCCGGGGUAAGGGAGGCCGGCGGCCAAUGUGGCCAGAACAUGGGAGAGGUGCGCCGAUGCGCGCCCGGCAUCUGCGGUAGUAUGCCCUACAUCGCCCCCGAGGUUAUCACCAAGGCAGGCGAAUACGACCCUCGGGCUCUCGAUGUGUGGAGCGCGGCCAUCGUCAUGGUCAACCUCAUGUUCGGAGCCCCGCUCUGGGCGCGGGCCGAGGUUGGCAAGGAUGCGAACCAAAACUACAUUUCGUUGGUCAAGGGGUGGGAGAAAUGGGAGGCCAAGCACACCGAAGGCGACCGGGCCAUCACCGAGUCGGACUACCCAGCAGUCUUCGUUUUCGACACGUUUGUGAAGCCGCCGGCCCUGCGCCGCGUUCUCCUCCAGAUGCUCAACCCGAACCCGGACAAGCGAAUCAGCAUGGCUGACGUCAUCAACAAUCGAUGGGUCAAGCAGAUUGAGUGCUGCCAGCUGGAGAGCUACGAGGAUCCCACGAGGAUUAUUGACGCAUCCAAGAAGGCGUGUCUGAAUCGUGGGAAUCAGCGGAGAAUCUUCUGCCACAACCACCUCCCUCCCAGGGAGAUCAACUCACACUCGCUAGGCAAGAUGCCCGGUAGCGCCGGCUAUUAA